AUGCCAGGUGGGUUUCCGGAGGAUGCGUUUAAGUUCGUGGUGGAAAACGGUGGUGUCACCACGGAGGAGGCCUAUCCAUAUACAGGAUUUGCAGGCAGUUGCAAUGCGAACAAGGGAAUUCUUUCUGGUCAGUGCGGCAAUUCGCGGGAUCAUGCGGUCUUGGUCAUUGGAUAUGGAACCGAAGGUGGGAUGCCCUACUGGAUCAUCAAAAACUCGUGGGGAACUUCCUGGGGGGAGGAUGGAUUCAUGAAAAUCAAGAAAAAGGAUGGAGAAGGGAUGUUAGAUCCAGAGCUAGGUAUAGCCACAGCAUCACGAUCUAGGGAGAGCUGCAGGCUUGCAGCAGCAAACAGUCAUGAUUGA